UAAAAAUAUACAUUUUGGAUGAAAAAAAGACGAUUUUCGCACUUGUUUCAGACUUAUCAGUGCAUCAAGAUAAUUUUUAACGACGAAUCUUUGCGCGGAAUUUCACUAUGCUUGUCCUCCGCGUGUUCGUAUGUUCAUGCGGUUUUUUUUCGUUUCAAAUAAUCUUCUGCGCGAUAUUUGUAGAUAAGAUAGAAUCGAUAGAACUAAAACUGGCUUAUGUCAAUUGGGUAUUUUGGGUGGUCCAAUAUUUAUUUGCUAAUUCAUUUGAAAGCCUCGCUUCGGAAGGGAUCGAUUGCCAGUUUCCUUUUGCUCGUAAAAUUCCGGUUAGAAUAAAAUGAAUUGUUUGGAACUCUGUAAAGCUGGAAAAAGCUGUAUCGCAAUAUUAUCGUUUCUGGAUGUUUCCUUGUAGACAUGGCUUUUUCCAAUCGCUAUGUCUCUUCACCUCUUUCUUCGCAAAACGUACUUUAACCCGGUGUGAUAAGCGCGCGAAUUAUGGAAUGAAUUAAUGCUUACGAUAGGAGAAACGAACAGUCGCACUUUCGUUUUCUUCAUCAUCGAACAGUAGAACAGUCUUGAGCGAACUGCGAUCUCGAGAGAGUGGCAAUUCAGAAGGAAAACAAAAUGUGCAGUUACAACGGAAAUGAGAUUUUCGAAUUCGUCGAACACAAUGAACUAGCAUCCGCUACUAACGGCGGAAGGAUACUUUUCGCCACCGACGACUUUUUCGCGAUUGCGGAAAAUCUGCUCGAGAACGGCGAACCGGUUUGGAAGGAACAUCUUUUCACGGAUCAUGGUAAAUGGAUGGACGGUUGGGAAACAAGAAGGAAACGGCGGGCUGGACACGAUUGGACGAUAAUAGCUCUCGGCCAACGAUCCAUUAUCGAAGGAUUUUGUAUCGAUACGGCUUAUUUCACGGGCAAUUAUGCACCAAGAUUUUCCAUACAAGGAGCAGAACUCAGCGAAGCAGACGAAAAGUCGUUCCCUCCAAGACGCAGCGAAAUGGGCAGCUCCGCGUCCGAAGAGAAUCUCCGGAAAAUGGCAGCGUUAAAAACUGAGUGUUGGGAAACUUUGGUGCCAAUGUCAGAUCUGAAGGCCGGUUAUGAGGAAACCCGAAAAUCCUACUUUCCUCUAAAAUCGAGAAAAUCGUGGACGCAUUUGCGACUCAACAUAUAUCCGGAUGGUGGAAUCGCGAGGCUCCGAGUUUAUGGAGUAGCUUCGCCGAAUUGGAGCGAGGCGAGGUCGUCGGGAGCACCGAUCGAUUUGAUAUCGAUGAAGAACGGUGGGAUCUGCCAAAGUUACAGUAACGCCCACUAUGGGCAUCCGCGGAACUUGAUAAAAGAAGGGAGACCAGCGAAUAUGGCCGACGGAUGGGAAACUGCCCGAAGAUUGGACAGACCUCCGGUCAUAAGAGCCGACGACUUUGGAAUUAUUCAGGUGACGGGAGAAGAGUGGGCAAUUUUUAAGCUGGGCCACACGGGCAGCGUCGAAAGUAUCGUGGUCGAAACGACCCAUUUCAGAGGAAACUUUCCAGACAGCGUGAAGGUCGAAGGCGUCCUCAAAACCGGGCGAAAUAAGAGGGAAUCUAAGGAGAACUGGAGCACGGUUUUGCCGUCGAGAAAACUUUCACCGGAUAAAAUUCACGUUUACACGAGCAACGAUCUCGUCUGGAGCGGUCCACUGACUCACGUCAGAAUUAUCAUGGCACCUGACGGUGGAUUCUCGAGAUUCAAAGUUCUUGGAAACCCGACAGAAUCCCAUCGACUCACGACCAAUCUCAACAUUCCUAAAUCCAUUCAAUGAGCACUCAUUACUUUUUUAAUUACAUCGGCACACAAACAAAAAGUGGACAGUAUUUUUAACCGGACUCAUCAAUCUCUAUGUAAUGCUGAAUCCCAAUUUCGCUCCAGUUCAACGCCUACACCCACCAAUUUUGAGUAAAUUUCAAAAAACCGUUAAGUGUCCAAAAAUCGCAUUUUCCAGUAUUCGAAAGUUUUUUCUGACCCCUAUCGCGCAUGGUUUCCAUGUAAUUUGAUGUGCUGAAUUCGAAUUCAGGGUUAUUUCAGCUCGUCUACCUCCAAGCAUCAAGGAAAUUGCGAAAAAUCGUUAAAAAUAUCAAAAAAUCAGAUUUUCCAGUAUUCAAAAGUUUUUUCUGACCUAUAUCAUGAAUGCUGUUUACGUAAAUUGAUGCGCUGAAUCCAAAUUCAUGGUUAUUUCAACUCGUCCACCCCUGGAACAUUCAGUAAAUUGGAAAAAACCGUUAGAAAUGUGAAAAAAUCGAAUUUUUGAGUAUUCAAACAUUUGAUUAACUGACCACCUUUUUUUAUUUUGUGUACCGGUGUUACCGAUCGAAUUAAUAAAUCCCUAGACUCCUUCCUCGAA